CCCCAUGACCGGAAACAUUGGUGGAAUCGUGACCGGAAACACCGGACAGGGUGGGCACAUAUCUGGUUACAUACGAUCCUGGGCCUAGUGCUUGAAAGAAGGAACCAGGAUACCGUGGGAAACUAGAGACCUAUUGUGGGAUCGAAUCUACUUGGACCGGUGGACGAAGAAGCCCCACACCAACAUGCAGGGUAUGUCGAAAGGAAGUGCGCCCGCGCCCGGAAUUCAGCACAGAGUAGUGAUCCGUACGGUGGCUCUAAGCUUACGUCCAACAAGUGCGAAGGCCAUAUAUUCCCAGCGUUCGAAAGUUUUUGUCACAGUGCCAUCGCCAGUUACAAUGGAAAAGCUUAAGGUCAGUGUUACGAUCAUCUGUUCUUUCCUUCCUGCUUCUUCAGAAGAACGACGAAAUGUCCUUAGUGGUUUGACCCUUACUCACCACUACAUCCAAUAUCCCUUCCUCUGCGAAAGCCCCUACAUUGGUGACCCCAACCCUUCGGUCGACACAGCCUGGCACAUCCUACUGGCCAAUAUGUCUCUCCGCAUUACUCUGUCUGAGCUCUCGACACACUCUCAAACGUCGGUGGGACUCCUAGGUGGCGGGUACCUAGCUUGGCUCGGCGUCUACCAUGAACUCCACUGCAUCAAAUUCCUACGUCACGUCAACUACCGCGACCACUACUUUUCCAACGCAACCCAAGAAGAGCUGCGAGACAUCCAAGUCCAUGCAGAUCAUUGCUUGGAUACAUUACGAAAUGCAGCUAUGUGUCACUCGGACACCGAAAGCCUUACUACAUUCGUGUGGGAGCUUGGACGCGAGAAGCCGUUGCUGUCUCCACAAAGGCCCUUUCAUCGGUGCGUCGAUUGGGAGGGAUUCGUAGAAAGUAUCGUGGACCGGGUUGUGAGUGAGGAGGAGAUGGGCCGAUUGAGGAAUCCGCUUGGUGGUUGAUGGAUGUUGAAGGCUGCUGGGAUUUCGGAGACCGAAG